UUGCACGGAAAACCAAUGUGAAUACUCCGAUGGGAGCAAAAGUUUUUCAACAAAAUAUCGCGGUAAAGUAUAUUUUCGAUAUGGAAUGGAAGGAAUUUAACUGCACACUACCAUGGAUUCUCUCACCAAUGCAUACCAGCUUUCUCUUUUACAAUUUUAUUUUGUUUUUCUCUAUCUUUCCAAGGUCCUGCUAGCUGAACCUUUACUAUUCUUCUAACACUUUCUCUCUUCUCCAUCACUGUCAAAGCUUUUACACGCUCUUUCUUUGUCAUAACCUCCAUUGUUUCUCUGCUUGGCCUUCCUUUGCAAGAGUUAUCACUUGGUUUUCUGGUUUUCAUAAAGGUAAGCCUGUGAAAACUCCCCAUCUCUUGUUUUGUUUAAGAUUUGUUCCCAACGGUUACUGUAAAUGUUUGCUUUGGUUUGUCUGGUUUUGCUUCUCUGCAACUCUCAUGGACUAGUGGGUUCUCUGAAUGAUGAAGGCUAUGCGCUUUUAUCAUUCAAGCAGUCCAUUGUUCAAGACCCAGAAAUGUCUCUGAGUAACUGGAACUCUUCCGAUGAGAAUCCUUGUACAUGGAAUGGGGUUACAUGCAAGGAACUUAGAGUUGUCUCUGUUAGCAUUCCAAAGAAGAAACUUUUUGGGUUUCUUCCUUCUUCUCUUGGCUCUCUCUCUCAGCUCCGCCAUCUAAAUUUAAGGAACAAUAAGUUGUAUGGAAGCUUGCCAGAUGAGCUCUUUCGAGUUCAGGGGUUGCAAAGUUUGGUUCUUUAUGGAAAUUCCUUGUCUGGGUCUGUGUCGAAUGAGAUUGGGAAGCUUGCUUACCUUCAAACUUUAGAUUUAUCACAAAAUUCGUUCAAUGGGUCAAUACCCUCUUCGGUUGUUCAAUGCAAAAGACUUAAAACCCUUGUUCUCAGUGAGAAUCAUUUCACUGGUUCUCUGCCAGAUGAAUUUGGGAAUGCUUUUGCUUCUCUGCAAAAACUUGACCUUUCGUACAAUAAAUUCAAUGGGUCAAUUCCUGGUGAUAUUGGGAAUUUGUCUAGCUUGGAAGGCACUGUUGAUUUGUCUCAUAAUCUUUUCUCUGGUUCAAUCCCAGCUAGCCUUGGAAACCUUCCUGAGAAGGUUUAUAUUGAUCUAACUUAUAACAAUUUAAGUGGUCCAAUACCCCAAAAUGGUGCUCUGAUGAACAGAGGACCAACUGCUUUUCUUGGGAAUCCUGGACUUUGUGGCCCUCCAUUGAAGAACCCAUGCUCGGCAGAAACUCCGGGUGCAAAUUCUCCUUCCUCGUUUCCAUAUUUUCCAGAUAAUCACCCACCUCGGGAUUCCGAUGAUAAUGCUGAAAAGAAUAAAGCAAGAGGGCUGAGUAAGAGUUCUGUGAUUGUGAUUGUAGUGAGUGAUAUAGUUGGUAUUUGCCUUGUUGGGCUGCUUUUCUCGUACUGUUAUACAAGGCUUUUUGCUUGUGGUAGUCAUAAGGAUGAACAUGGUUAUGGCAUUGAGAAGGGAGGGAAGGGAAGGAAGGAGUGUUUAUGCUUCAGGAAAGAUGAAUCUGAGACGCUAUCAGAAAAUGUUGAACAGUAUGAUCUUGUGCCAUUGGAUCCACAAGUGGCAUUUGAUCUUGAUGAGCUUCUCAAGGCAUCGGCUUUUGUUCUUGGUAAAAGUGGAAUUGGUAUUGUUUACAAAGUUGUACUUGAAGAUGGGUUUACCGUAGCUGUGAGAAGAUUGGGUGAAGGAGGCUCUCAAAGGUUCAAAGAAUUUCAAACAGAAGUGGAAGCAAUUGGGAAGCUAAGGCAUCCUAAUAUUGUAACUCUAAGAGCUUACUACUGGUCUGUUGAUGAGAAGCUGCUCAUAUAUGACUAUAUACCUAAUGGAAGCCUCUCCGCUGCAAUUCAUGGGAAGCCUGGAAUGAUAACCUUUACACCACUACCAUGGUCUGUUAGGUUAAAAAUCAUGAAAGGAAUUGCAAGAGGUUUGGUCUAUCUGCAUGAGUUUAGCCCUAAAAAAUACGUCCAUGGUGAUUUGAAGCCCAAUAACAUACUGCUUGGACAGAACAUGGAACCUCAAAUUUCUGAUUUUGGCCUUGGUCGCCUUGCUAACAUUGCUGGAGGAUCCCCGACCCUGCAAUCUAAUAGAAUGACCAUAGAAAAACCACAAGAGAGGCAGCAAAAGACUGCACCUUCUGAAGCUACCACUGUUUCUUCAUCUGCUAAUUUGGGAUCUUGUUAUCAGGCCCCAGAAGCACUGAAAGUAGUGAAACCAUCACAGAAGUGGGAUGUUUAUUCAUAUGGGGUAACCUUACUAGAAAUGAUUACCGGAAGGUUGCCACUAGUCCAAGUGGGUUCAACAGAAAUGGAUCUUGUUAGUUGGAUUCAACUCUGCAUUGAAGAAAAGAAGCCUUUGUCAGAUGUUUUAGACCCAUAUUUAGUUCAAGAUGCAGAUAAGGAAGAGGAAAUUAUUGCGGUCAUGAAGAUUGCAAUGGCUUGCAUUCAUAGCAGCCCUGAAAGAAGACCAUCUAUGAGGCAUGUAACUGAUGCUUUGGACAGGUUAGCAAUAUCCGCUGACUGAAAAACCCAACAAACUCGUGAAAUCCUAUUUAUGAUGGUUAGAGUUGUUUGGUUUCAAGAUGCUGUGUUUGUUGCAUCUAAGUGAUUAGAUGAACCCUUUUGCCAUUGAAGUAGUGAAAAGAGAUGCUGAUGCGUUUGUGUACUCACAAAGGUGUUCAUGGCUUCCUUCAAUGUAAGAUUCUCUGGUUGGUUUAUUUUUAUUGCACAGGUUUAGGUGGAGGCAGGUCUGCUAUAAGAGCAAUGCUUUAAGGGAGGCUGCAAUUGGAUUAUGGAUGAGAGCUGGCUUUUGGUAUAUAUGUUUCUUUUUCUUCUUCUUCUUCUUCUUCUUCUUCUUCUUGUUGCUGCAAACCUUUUGUAUCUCAUUAUCUUUGUUGGUCAUCUAGAAUGAAUGGAUUAUUUGCUUGUUA